AUGGGUUGGUUUACCAAGUUUCUAAAGGGUUCCAACCAUAAAUAUUCGGGACGAGGGUACGAAGGGAAAUAUGGACAUGACAGAGAUUCGAGUAAUCGUGAUGGUUCUGUGGAUGAUUUGACUGAUAUUGAGAGAGAAGAAAUUGAUCGCGCAAUUGCGCUUUCCCUUUCAGAGGAAGAUUAUAAAGGGAAAAAAGUUGUAGAGGAUGACUCUGAAUCUGAAUCUGAAGAUGAUGAACUGUGUCCACUCGAUGACGAAGAAGAUGACCAUGUUGGUGAUGAUAAGCAAGAUGAAGAUGACCAUGUUGGUGAUGUUAAGCAAGAUGAAGAUGACCAUAUAGCUAAAAUUCAACAGGAUGAAGAUACGAGUCUCGACGAAGUUCAACUUGAGGAAGAUGAACAACUUGCCAGGGCAAUUCAAGAAAGUUUGAGCAUUGGUUCACCUCCUCGAUCUCACACUGAUUCUAUAUUUCAGCCUUUUACAAACCUCUUUCCACCUGUAUACAGAAUCUGUGCUGGCUGCAAUGCCGAGAUUGGCCAUGGACGAUUUUUGAGUUGCAUGGGUGCUGUUUGGCAUCCAGAAUGUUUUUGUUGCCAUGCUUGCAAACUUCCAAUCACUGAUUAUGAGUAUUCCAUGUCUGGAAAUCGCCCUUACCAUAAAUUGUGCUAUAAGGAGCUGCAUCACCCAAGGUGUGAUGUUUGCAAGAUCUUUAUUCCACAAAAUUCAGCCGGACUCAUUGAGUAUAGAGCGCAUCCUUUCUGGCUGCAGAAAUAUUGUCCAUCGCAUGAGCGUGAUGGCACUCCUCGUUGUUGUAGCUGUCAGAGAAUGGAGUCAACGGACACAAAAUAUCUGUUGCUCGACGAUGGUCGAAAGCUGUGCCUUGAAUGUCUUGACUCGGCUAUUAUGGAUACUCAUGAAUGCCAACCUCUCUAUCUUGAAAUACAAGAAUUUUAUGAAGGUUUGCAUAUGAAAAUAGAGCAGCAAAUUCCUAUGCUUUUGGUUGAGAGACAAGCGCUGAAUGAAGCCAUGGAAGGGGAAAAGAAUGGUCAUCACCACUUACCUGAAACUCGAGGACUUUGCUUGUCAGAAGAGCAAACUAUCCCCACUAUUUUAAGGAGACCGAGUAUCGGAGCAGGCUACCGUGUCAUAGAUAUGAUAACCGAGCCUUUUAGGCUGAUACGUCGGUGCGAAGUGACAGCGAUACUUGUAUUGUAUGGCCUUCCUAGGUUAUUGACAGGAUCAAUCCUGGCUCAUGAAAUGAUGCAUGCUUGGCUUAGACUUAAAGGCUAUGGCAAUCUUAGGCCAGAAGUUGAAGAAGGAAUAUGCCAAGUCUUAGCUCAUAUGUGGUUAGAUUCAGAGAUCUAUUCUGGCUCCGGAAGUGAAGAAGCAUCUUCAUCGUCUUCUUCUUCGUCGUCUUCAUCGUCACCUUCCUCGACCUCAUCAAAGAAGGGUAAACGGUCGGAUUUUGAAAAGGAACUUGGUAAAUUUUUUAAACACCAGAUCGAGUCAGAUAGCUCACCGGCCUAUGGAGAUGGAUUCAGAGAGGGUAACCAGGCAGUGCUUAAGUACGGACUUAGAAGAACCCUCGACCACAUCCGAAUCACCGGAAGUUUUCCGUAA